ACACAUCAGGCAAACGAGUGUGAUAACCUCGCAAAUUCGAGCUGGUUAUAAAAGCUACAGUCUGGCAAAAGCACUUAAACAGAACACAGGUUCCUCUCAGCCACCAUGGAUCUCAGUCAACUCGGCUCAACUCUGAAAGGUCAAAGCGGCGACGUGUCCGUAGACAGCCUCAAGGAUCUGGACUACAUAGGGUUUUACUUCUCCGCCCAUUGGUGCCCGCCAUGCCGGCAGUUCACGCCUGUCCUGGCAAAGUUCUACAACGAGCUGAAGGCAACCGACAAGGGCAAGUCCAUGGAGAUCAUCUUCGUGACAUGUGACAGAGAUGCAGAUAAGUUUCAGGCUUAUUUCAAAGAGAUGCCCUGGCUCGCCGUACCUUUCGAGGCUGAGGACAUCAGGAGCACAUUGUCAAAGAAGCACAACGUAUCUGGGAUUCCCUAUUUUGUUCUGGUGAAUGCAAAGACGGGUGAAGUGAUCACAACCGAGGGCAGGUCGAAAGUUACCCAAGAGCCAGCCAAUUUCCCAUGGGCAUGAUGCUGUGUCUACUACUGUUGCUCAAUGGACUCUCGUGAACUAUGCCUGACAAAGCUUGGAAUUGGGAUACCUCUCAUAUUGGGCCGUUUUCGUAAACUUAAUUCAGGACUCGUUACAGGAUACAGAAUUUUCUUCACAUCUAUUACAUACAAAAUAAAUGUCAUAUUCCAUAUGCU